UAAAUGAUUUAAUCUAUCCCAAUAUUGUCUUAAUUAACUGGAAAAAGUCCUUUUUGUAAUCCAUUUUAAUUUCAAAAUGGGGCAUGAUUAAUCGCUUUCGACAGUGACAGAUUAACGUGAUUAAAACACGUUUUGUUUUUUUCCCCUCAUCUUUUCCCCCGCCUGUUUGCAAAACACAUAAUUGCGCUCAUUGAAUUAAUUUGUCUUGAAUUAAGAUGAUGAACUACAGCAGCCUUCCCGAAUCCUCUCAGGGUAUUAAAACAGCACAGCAACGAUCUUUAUCGUACAAUAAACUGCAAGAAUUUGGAGCUCAGUGUAUGUUAGCGAAAAGCCCUCUCGUGCACUUUUCUUGUUUGCCCGAGAAUGAGUUAUUAUUCGUGGUCUUUGGUUCUCCUAAAGGCUUAUAGGACAAACAAAACCCUCGAGUCAUUAAUCUCCAAAUAUGAGGAUGAUUUAUUUAUGACGAGACAAAGCGAAGACUAUUGUGAGCGGCAAUGUUUUCCCUGGGGGAGUUUAAUGACUUUGCUACUAAAGGCAUCUCCAGUGUGGUGAUUCAGCAAUGACUCAGCUGCAGAUUAUGUCGGAAUUAUCAUUUGCGGAGCUCCUCGCAGUAGAUUUGGGGAUAUUAUGGGCAGUAUUUUACCAUUUUGUUGUACUGAUGCUGCAUGAAGGCCUGAGAAAUCAACAUAAUUUAAUGAGCUCCAAUACAAGAGCUGCACCGAAAGUCUGCCCUUACAAAGUUAAUAAUGAUGGUUUACGACGGCAACAUGACCUGAAUUUCUACAUGAGUCGGAAGGCUAACAUAAAAUUGACAACUUACACAUAUAUUAUGUGUUUAAUACACAUUAUAGUUUACAAUAUAACGUUGUUACGUGCUAUAUUCUAUCACAAACCUUCGGUAAUGCAGUGGUAAAGUCAUAAUUACAGUAAAUACAGUAUUUGUAUUAAAAAAGAAAAGAAAACCCUCCUAGGCCGUAAACUGAAACAGGAAGUAAGUCAGUAACUGACCGUGCCUUCUUGUCAAGCUAUCGUUGCUCCACUUUCGUAAUCUCGAAAUGUCAUAAUUUUUAUAAUUACAGUGAAAAUUAGGAGUAUAGACAGAUAUGUUUUACAAUAUAUUGAGUACAAGUUAAAAGUUGUCAGAAAAAGAAAUGCUCAAGUAGAGUACAGUUAACUCAAAAAAUCUCCUUAAGUACAAUACUUUCCACCGCUGUUGCCCUUUUUUUUCUGAGGAUUGGAUAGGUUUGCUGGAAUGUGCAUUCAACGUCAUUGUGAGGAGGGUCAAAACCAGAAGUUAAGAGUUAUGGAUAGGCAUGGGUGCCAUGCAGGGGGUGGGUUAGGGUGUUUUAGAGGAGGGCCGAGCAGGACCCUGAUGACAUCUCCAAACAUGUCAGCAGCACACAUUGGACAACGCAGCCCUGCCCUCAGAACCAAAGAACACCACCGACAAGGGCAAAGCUGUUUUGUCUCGGCCCCGACGCCAACCGGUCGAGCGUCGAUCCCGGUUGAAUCCGUCCACUCCCAUCUUGUCAUCCGCUGCUUUUUGGAUAACCUUACACCAUGACCCUCGAGUCUGACAUCUUCUCCUUGAGUUUCCUUCUGGUCACGUUGACCGCCUUGAGCUCGAGCGGGCCCGUCAGGCCUCCCGAGAGUCGUCCCCGGAGGCCUACGCUCGUUCGGGAUGCGCUGCUUGACGCGCAAGACUUUCUCAGCCACUUUCUGUCUACACUGAACCUCACGGGGCAGAGGGAACUGGAACAGAGGCCCCUAACCUCCCCAAAGAAGCCACCAGAGUAUAUGCAGGAACUCUUCGAGCGAUUUGCCAACGAUCGCGCGGCCGUGCCCUCGGCCAACAUUGUGCGCAGUUUCAAGAACGAAGAUUCUUCCCAGUCUGGAGUGACAGCCAGUGGUGUAAGGACACAUCCCUUGCUCUUCAACAUCUCCGUGCCCCACCAUGAGCACAUCACCAGAGCCGAGCUUCACCUUUUCACCCUCGUCCAGAGGGCCCAGAGACCCCUUUCCGGCCUAGAGUGCAAGGUGACCGUUUACAAAGUGCACGACGGUGUGGUUUGGACCAGGGAGGUUGGGAAAGAGGUGAGAAGGCGGGAUCAAGAGGAGGAGUCCAAGGACCUGGAGGAACUGGUGACCACGUACAUCCACGCCAAAGAUAACAGUUGGGUGUUCUUGGAUAUGACUCACACGGUUGCACUCUGGCGGAAGUACGGCCACGCGACGCACAAGCUGCAGGUCCAUGUCGCGAUCUCAGGGCCCGAGGAGGCGGAAACGCGGGACGAGGGCGAGGUCUUUGUGGACAUCGGGCGAAGCGUGGAGGAGAAGCACAACGCGAUGAUGAUCGUCUUCUCGGACGAUCCGAACAAUGGCGAUAACGCGCACGAGGGGGACCGUCCUGAGAACGACGAGCCGAGUCCGUUCCGGCCGUUUGUCGACCGCAACCGGGACGGGCCGAAGCUCAUCUACGAAACCCCCGCUCGGGCCCGCCGCGGUGUCAAGGGAGAAGCCUGCAAGAGAACUCCGCUGUUUGUGGAUUUUAAAGAAAUUGGCUGGGAUACGUGGAUCAUCCAGCCGGUGGGCUACGAGGCCUACAUGUGCAACGGCGUGUGCGGCCCGUCCAUGACCUCCGAGGUCUCGCCCACCAAACACGCUAUCGUGCAGACGCUGCUGAGUGUUAAGAGUCCGGAGAGGGCAUCGCGUGCCUGCUGUGUACCCACUAAGCUGGAGCCCAUUUCGCUCCUUUAUUUCGAUAACGGGGUGAUCACCUUCAACCACAAAUAUGAGGGCAUGGUAGUGGCAGAGUGUGGCUGCAGAUAGUGACGCACGCACACGCGGGUACACGCUCACACAGAGAUAGAGACUGUGCAGCGAUGCAUUCGAACGUAUGCUUGUCGUAGCCACACGUAGUUACGCUCUAACAGCAGUACUACAUGGUGUAACUUGUAUAAAUGCAAAUCUUCAUUCAUUAUUAUUUAAUUCUAUGUAAAUGUAUAUGGCUUUGUUUGUUGUAUUUCAUUACCAUAUUGUUUAGACCAGUGAUUCCCAACCACUGUGCCAGCGAGAGAUCGUCAGGUGUGGCGCGGGAAAUGAUCCAAUAUCACGUAAAUUGAUCUGAAAAUUCUUUAUUUGCUACACAUACGAGAUUCGCGUUCAACUAUCUAUGCCAGCGACGUAUCGUGAACGUGAGAACAAUUAAAUGCUCGUUCGCUAGAUGGCAGAAGGUACAUGAUUAACCUGGAUUUUUGUUUUGCGGUGUGCCAUGAGAUGAUUUCAAAUAUAAAACAUGUGCCUUGGCUCAGUAAAGGUUGGGAAACACUGAUUCAGACCUAAUAUCAUAUCAUCAGCAUCCAAAUGGCUUUUAGUACCACCUUGGUCCUCAGAUGUACACUAGCACAAUCGAAGUGAAGUAUAACAAUUUUGCUGAUAAUUCACUUUGGAUAUCAUUCAACCAGUGUCAUGAGGUCAAUAUUUGGAAUUGUCAUUCAUCUGUUGAUUUCUUUUAUCAUACCUGUACAAUUAUACAGUGUAACUUGGGAAAUAAACAUACUGUGAAUAGA